CGGUUGUCGUCUGUUCGUGUGGCAGAUUAACCAGUGUCGAAAAUGGCCAAGUCGAAGAACCACACCACUCACAACCAGUCUCGUAAAGCCCACAGGAACGGCAUUAAGAAGCCCAGAUCUCAACGCAAUGAGAGCCAGAAGGGGGUCGACCCCAAGUUCCUUAGGAAUAUGCGCUUUGCUAAGAAGCACAACAAGAGGGGCAUGAAGGCCGCACAGAAGGCCGCCAAGGAGAAAUAAACUACUUUCCUGUCACCUCCAGUGUCAACGUUCCAGAUUGUGUUACCAUCAUCACAAUAAAGCAAUGCUUUGUUAAUAAACCAA